AAUGAGGGUCACAGGGUCCCAUUAUAAAUGAGCUCCUCGCCGGCAGUUAUCACAGUGUCUCCGCGAGUAAAUGAGCCGACGUUGUUUCUUGCACACGUUAAAAAUAAAGUAAUUAGUUAUUCGAAAAAAUGCCGUGGACUAGCACGAACAGAAUCUAUGCGAAACCCUCGAACACGAGUUCAGGUGAAGGAGUCCUGUUUCCUUCGACGAGCGCGGCGAAGGCUGCGACCACAGCGGCGGCGGACACGGGCGGUCGCUUCGAACUAAGCGACCAUGGAUAUGGGAAGAGUUCAGUGAAACUAUUGCAUGUGUACCGCGAUGGAGAAUAUCAUGUUAUUCGGGAAUUCGAAGUGUCUACAGAACUGAAGCUGAGCAGUGAAUCGGCAUACGUGGUCGGCGACAAUAAAGAAGUAGUCGCAACAGACUCCCAAAAGAAUACCGUCUAUUUACUGGCCAAGAAAUACGGUAUCAAGACUCCAGAAGAAUUUGGUGCGGUUGUAGUGAAUCAUUUCCUAUACACGUAUAGGCAAGUUUUGGAAGCGAAGUGUCACAUAAUGGAAUACCCAUGGGAAAGAUUACAAGCCGGAAUACCUCAUAAUCAUGCUUUUAUAUUUUCACCGACAGCAACGCGAUGGUGCGAAGUAUCUCAAGUUAGGCAUGAGGCUGUCAAGGUAAAAUCAGGCUUGAGUGAUCUACGAGUUCUGAAGACGACGCAAUCGUCGUUCGUCGAUUUUGUGCAAGACGAAUACACGACACUAGCAGACGCCCCUGAAAGAAUAUUUAGUACAGUAGUUGAAGCGGAAUGGACGUACGACAACAUGAAAUCGGCAGACUUCGACAACGCAUGGUUGACCGUAAAAGAUGCCAUCCUAGAAAAAUUCGCUGGCCCUCCAGACACCGGCGUCUACUCGCCCUCAGUUCAACACACUCUCUAUCAAGCGGAGAAAACGGUCUUGGAAAAAGUUGCUGAGAUAACGUGGAUCCGCAUGUCGAUGCCGAACAAACAUUACCUCAAUAUCGAUGUUUCCAAGUUCCCCGCAAAUGUGACGAAAGGAGAUCCUCGUCAUUAUAUCUACCAGCCCAUAGACAAGCCAGCGGGUCUCAUCUAUGCGCAACUUCGCAGAAGACCAAAGAGUCACUUGUGACCAUCAGUCAUCUAGAAUUUUUCAUAAGACUUACUUAGGCCAUAACUUAUUGUGUUUUUAGAAUUUACGGUGUCAUAAAUGAAAAUUGCACAUCUCGGAGUAGUGUUACGAGUACUUUUUCGACGUAAAUUGGUGUGGUUCCUUUGUUCUAACCCCCCUGUCCACACACCGCCCGUGUGGCAUGGGAAGGAGGGAGGGACGGAGGCAGAGACGUAGUGUGGCCGCGUUACUCGCAUGUUCCUCGUUCAUGCCCAUCGCUCCCUAUUUUGUCGGUAAGUAUGCAAUAGAGCGCACGCUGCCACCAUUUCAACGUCCAUCGCGUUGCAAAGGCAAGCGACUUAGUGCGGCGGCGCGGCGUCGCGAUUAAUUGCGCGAGAAGAGCAAUGUGUGGACGGGGGGUUAGAACAAAGUAGUUGAUUAUGGAUCAUGUGGAUAUACCACUAGUAAUAAGUAAUAAUAAUUACGUAUGUUAUAUUUUUUGAGAAUAAUUAUUAGGUAGACGUAUAGAGUGUAGUGGGUAAUAUGUAUUCGUAAUAACUUAUACUUAUUAUCUGCACGCUACAACUUAUUCCGAAGUGUAGCAAGUUUCAUAUAUGAGACAGCUAUAGAAAUGUGACUGAAAGUUCGUUUCUUAUGUAUUUCAGUUAUGUAUUGUUUAAAUGCGAAGGUGUUUUUGUCUCGUGUGAACAAUAACGAAUUCCCUUAUACUAAGGGCGAUGUAACUACCUAUCGAUCAAGCUUAAUAUUGCAUUGUACGGUUAUUAGUAGAUUAAAGCUACGUCUUUAUAAGAAACUUAACUUAAUCCCGCGACUUUAUCUAGACCCCUAGGAUACUAAAAAAAAUUCUUUUCCCCCAAAUUUCAAAUUUCUAGGUCUACUGGUUUAGGCUGUGCAUUGUCUGUUAGUCAGUUACGGUACCGUUUUAUAUGUAUACAUAAAAUAAUAAUGGGUAAGUCCCAUUUGUUAGAACUAUGAUGCCAUCGGACAAAAUGAGAUACCUAAUGUUAUCCUAAUUUGUUCCAUAGAAAUACCGUACAGCAUUGCGUCUGAAACUUGCUUUUCUUUGACGUCAUAGAACAAAUGGGAACCAGUUUUUUUUUAAAUUGUUCU